UGCAUGCUCUGCUGGUCUCAUUGUGACUUCGUAUAAUUUAAUAUUUUUAACAGGUUGUACAUUUUGCCACAAUGAGCCGCCGUGGAAACAACUGGGCCUAUUCUGAGGUCAUUGACCUCCUGGAUAUAUGGGGAGAGGAGAAGAUCCAGAAGCUGCUUCUGAGCAGCUACAGAAAUAUGGACACAUUCCAAGUCAUUGCAAGCGAGAUGGCAAAGCGGGGCCAUGAACGUACUGCCCAGGAGUGCCGGACCAAGACGAAAACCAUGCGAAGAGACUACAAGAAAGCCAAGGACAGUUUCUCCUCUGGGGGCGGCGACUAUAUUUCUUGCCCAUUCUAUGAGCAGCUUGAUAGAAUAUUGGCUAUUGAAUCAAGUUUUCUGCUUCAUAAGAAGGGACAAAUCCCUCUGCCAGAGGAGUCAUCGGGGGAUACCAAUUCCCCGUGUCCCACAGCAGAGGGAGCAGUGCCUGUUGUGACCGAGGACUGCAAUGACAGCCAAGACCAGCCUUCCCCAUGUCCACAGAUGACCGUUGAGCUCUCUGACUCUGCCACACCCAGCCCCAUGGUUUACAUGAUGAAGCCAGCUUCUGGGAAUCCUGCAAGCAUGGCUUGGCCAACACCAAAAACUGAUCAUCCAACUCCUUCCUUGUCAUCUAUAUUUUCUAGCAGCACAUUAACCAAAGACUCCAGGAUGGAUGCUGCUCUAACACCCUCACCAUCUCUGCUGGGUAACUAUGUGAAUCUUUCCUCCGAAGACCGCCUAUCCAGAGUCCGAAAACGGCAGAGGAAAAUCAGGGGUGACUUGGUCAUGGAGCUCUCGCGGAUAGCAGACCGGAGAGCCCACACAGUAACUGAGAGGAUCCUGUCAUCUCUGAACAGGUACGCUGCAGCUGACAUGCAAGACCGAGAGAGAGACCGGGCGGACACUGCACAAAUAAUCGCGAUCAUGCAGCGCCAGACGGAACUGCUGGAGUCACUGGUGCAGAUGCAGUCCACUGAACAGACCCCAGCACCCCCUGCCCCUUCCUGGCACGCUCGUCCGCGCCCUGCAAUCUCUCCUCCCUCCCGUGCGGGUGUCCCACGGCGGACACUAGUCGCCAGGGUGAAUCACAGGAGGAAGCAACAGAAAUUCAACCCUUAACUGUGUUUUAGCUUUGUGGUUCUUGCAAUAUUGGGUUUGACCAUUUGGACUGUUGACCCUGAUUCUACCCAUUUUGCCUUUUGUUUAAUAUUUCUUAAAAUGCUAUAUAUCAACGGUUGUAUACUCCCCACUUUAAUUUCAAAUGUUCAACUAACACCUGGGAGAAAAGUACAAGGACACUGGUUGGAGAUCACUUUCUCCUUUUUCCUUUGUUGUCUUUUGAUAGAUGGGAUUAGCUUUUCUCUUCUCCUUUUUCCUCCCAAAUUGUCAAUCUCAUAUUGUCUAUAAUAUGAUAUAAGCUAAUAGCAAACAUAUAUUCAGAACUAACGGUAAAUUGUAAUAGUUGAAGUAUAGAGAAGAAAAAUUCUAUCUUUAAUGUCUAGAGGUUUUUGAGUAUUUCUGAACAUGGUAUUUCAGCAAUUGAUAUAAAAUAGGAGGAAAAUAUGUCACUUCCAUCCGGAUUUUGUUUUUGGUGUGUGGUUCAUAGAAAUAGAUAAUUUUUCCAUUCUCUGCUAAAAGCAUGACUUUCACAAUCUGUGGUGUGGGCAUGUGAGGGGCAGAUGUUCAUUAAUGUCACUGGUGCACAGGAACCAUGGUGCAGACCAAGGAUUGAAAAGAUUACUUUUUUGGACAACUCUUAGGCCCCUUCUACAUUGUCACAUAAUCCAGAUUAUCAAAGCAGAUAACCCAUAAUAUCUGCUUUGAACGUGAUUAUAUGAGUUUACACUGCUAUAUAAUCCAGUUUAAAGCAGAUAAUCUGGAUUUUAUAUGUCAGUGUAGAAGGGGCCUCAAUCUUUCUAUCUGCAGUGGCCAUGGUGGCAGGGGAUUCUGGCAUUGUAGUCCUCCAAAAUGAUGUCAAGCCCUGCACUUGUCAUUUAUGCUGCAGAGAUGCCAGAGUUAUAGAAAAAGAAAUCACAGAAAAAUAAAAAGAAUGAUGAAAAAGUGAGGAGGAAGAAGAAGAUGUGACUCCUCAAUUUCAUUGCUGGAGAUCUAUUCUUCCUAGAUUAGAAAGAAAUGACAUUAGAUAUGUGUAAAAGAGGCAGUGAGGGCUUACUUGGGUUGAGAUGAAAUAGCAUUGUAUAGUGAGGACAAAAAAAGACUUAGCCAUUAUAGAGAAAUGAAGAGCUUUAAAUAUGACAAUUAAAAGCUUUGUGCUGGUAUGGAAAAUGAACAAGGAAUGCAGUGUGGAGGGAAAGGGCCAUCAGAAUAGCUGAAGCAAGAAUUCCCUUAGGUUAUUUCGAGGAAUUGCUAAUGUUUGGGGCAAGAGGCAUGCCUUGUUUUUGUGUUUUUUGUUUAUUUUGGUUGCUUCUGGAAACAGUUAUCACAGCAACAGUAGCUCUGUUUAGGAAAUAGAGAGACAAAGCAUGAGCGACACCAACCAAAGCAUAGGAUUGGAUUUAGUUGUUCUUUGUAUCAUAUUUGCAAAAUGAAUAGUGCUAACUGGGUUGGUUUGUUUGGACAAGAAGAAUAAAAUACAGGGAUUGACGUAAUUUACCUUUGGGUUGUCGGUGUUACCUGCACCAGUUGAACUUGCCUAUCAUCCUGAAAUGCAAGAAAGUAGAACGCCAUAUAGGAUGAAAUCAAGCAGUAUAAUGGGCAUAGCAUGGGGUUAGGAAGGUUGUUGGCACUUAGAAGUAAACUGUUUUUCCAAAUAUAAAAUGCUGCCUUGGUGUCUUCAAUAAGGAGAUGAAUCAUGAUGGGCAAAUAUUUCCUGAAAGACAAAUUUAUCAAUACUAUCAAUAAUUCCCAGCGAUCUGUUGGCACAGCAGAGUGCUGCAUAUGUUCUCAGCUCAUGAUUAUCCACAUUUUGCUCCAGAGGUGUUUUGAAAAUCAUUCCCAGAAUAUUUUACCAUGGCUGGGACUUCCAGGAGUUGAUCUACUAUAUCUGUUGAAAUCAAAGGUUGAGAACUAUUGUUCUAGUUCAGUGGUUCUCAAUCUAUGGGUCCCCCGGUGUUUUGGCCUACAACUCCCAGAAAUCCCAGCCAGUUUACCAGCUGUUAGGAUUUCUGGAAGUUGAAGGCCAAAACAUCUGGUUCACAGGCUGAGAACCACUGUUAUAGUUGGAUGUGACCUUGUAUCAUCACAUGGAGCAAGGGAAAGGCCCUAGCAACCCGGUCAGUUCCCAAGGUGGACUGCAUAACUAAGUUGUUUUAGAGGAAUUAGGAACCUUAGGCCGUAAGAAUGGUUUGGACCACAGCUACCAUAGUCCCUUACUGUUGGCCAUGUUGGCUGGAGCUGAUGAAAAAUACAGGUCAAGCCCUCUAAAGGUGGACCAUUUAAUGACCAGAUCAUUAAAAAAUAUUUAAAAACAGAUAAGCCAGUGUAGAAAAUGUUCUCAAAGGAAGCAAGUUGGACCGAAGGAAGUAAACUACCUUUAGAACGUUGAAAUAUGAAUUGGAAGUAAACAGCCAUCAGAUUGUCUUUAAUGAAUUGUCAAGGACAACAAAUAAAAUAAGCACUUGUGAGGAGACUUAUCAAAUCAGAGAUGGCCAAAGUAUGGGCUGUGGGCCUUGUUUGGCUUCUGGAGCCUCCUUUUCCGCAGCCCUUAGUCACCCUUGACAUCCCCUUCCUCAAAUUUUCCUAAUUAAAAAUGACUAUUUACUUCCCCAGAAACCUCCACUAGCAGCUCUUUUCCCAUUAUACAAAGUGCAUGCUUCCCUGUGCUUUGUUUGCACUUCCAUCUUUUAGCCCCCUCCCCAUCCUAAGGAUUUGUCUUGUUUGUUUCAAUUUCAUUUUGUGGAUUUUUAGUAGACCAUUGAAACGUGAGAUGUUUUUGAGGACAAAACUUGGCCAGCAGAUCGCCAGUUUGCCAUUCUUCUUAUAAGAAUAUAAAAAUGUAUUUUGAUCUACAAGAAAUGAUAACAGGGCACUUGUUAUGGUCUUGACAACAUGAGAAAUUUUAGCAAGUUCCAACCAAGGAUUAUGUUUGUUAAGAAACUUAUAGUUUUGCUAAAAUAUUCUAAUUUAGAGUUGUACUUAGUUUUCUUUUUUGACAGUAAACAAUAGUUCUUUAUUUGCCUGUAUUAUAAAGUGCGAUAAAAUGUAUGUUUUAACCCACA